AAGGUUACGCUUGCAUGUAUCGUUUGUCGGAAGAAGAAAGUCAAGUGCGAUGGCAUCCAGCCGUCAUGCUCUCGCUGCAAUUCGAUGGGUCUUACUUGCGAGUACUCUGACCCGCCUAGAAAACGUGGCCCUCCCAAAGGAUAUAUCGAGGUCAUUGAGAACCGUGCGCAUCGUAUCGAAUCG